GUUAGGUUUUGGCACGGGAGGGCUGCAGUGCCGUGUUUCUGCCGCCCCCCGCGGGUCUGAUUGGCACGGGAGCUGCGGCGGCCCGAGCGCACGGGCGCGCCUCGCUAGCCUCCCCCGGCGGCCCGCGGCCAGGCAGAGGCGGGAAAGCCGCGCGCCUGCGCCGUGGGAACCGAGGCCGGAGGCGAGAAGCGGGGAGCGGAGGGGGCCGUUGGAGCCGAGUAGCGUACAGUGCGGCGUGUGACGCGGGGACGCCGCGCGCUCCCAACGUCGCCCCGGUUUGACGCACACGGCACCAAACUGCUUGAUUUAAUUUUGGAUGAGAUUAUUCUUGCAUCGAGAUGUUACUAAGCCAAAAUUUAGACUAAAUGUGUUAAAUGAUCUUGCCAACAAUAUGGAUGAUUUGAAGAUAAACACCGACGUUACUGGUGCUAAAGAAGAACUUCAGGAUGACAACAAUUUUAUCUCCGAGAAAGACAGUGGAGUUCUUAAACCAAAAGAUUGUCAGACAUCAUUUCAGAAAAACAGUUCAUUGACUCUGUCUGAAGAAUUGUUAGAGGAUCAAUCAGAAAAAGCCGUAAGUGGAGGCCAGUCUGCUCUCUUUAUCCCUGUCGGCACUCCUGCUGUUCCUAGUGAAAACUUUACCUUGCCUACAGGAGCUGUUGUUAAUGGACCAGUCUCACACUCCUCCUCAACAAAGACUUGCAGUAUGAAUGAAGGUAGUGUUUCAUUAACCACUGGACAGCCCACAGAUCAGCUAACAACAGAGUCGUGCUCCACUCUGAAGGCAGCAGCUGAUCAUCAGCUGUCUACACCACAAAAAACAAGUCAACACCAAGUUCUGUUUUUGUUAUCAGAUGUAUCACAUACUAAGAAUCCAACCCAUUCCAUUAAAAAAGUACCUACCUCUGCUUUAGUUGGUUGUGAUGUUCAGAAUUCAGUAGGGAAUAGCAUGAAGUCAGAGAGCACUUUACUAAGUCAAGCAGAGGUGGGUCAGGGUGAUGACACAGUGGUCAGAGACAACUGUGUCAGCACGGUAGCAGUGAUUUCCUCAGGUACAGAUGAAUUUAGGUCAGAAAAUGAUACAAACUGGGAUCCCCAAAAAGAGUUCAUUCAGUUUCUUAUGACUAGUGAAGAGACAGUGGAUAAACCCCCAGCUCAUUCUAAAGUAGUAGGUCUAGACAAAAAGAGAAAGAGAAAAAUGGAUGUCAGCAAGAUCACUCGCUACACAGAGGAUUGCUUCAGUGACUCAGGCUGUGCGCCUGGGAAGUCAAAAAUUCUACAGGUCGACUUUCUAGGGCAAACUAAGGAAAUACAAGCAAUAGACUCACAGAACUACACAUUAUCAAAAGUAAAACCCGAGUCAGCUGAUGGAGACUUGGAGUCUGUGGACAGUUUUCAGCAUCUAGUUUAUAACUCAGAUAAAUGUGGAGAAGAUAAUUCACCUGUUCAUACCCGCACUUUAAUUUCAAAUACCUUAAAAAAGAAAUGUGAAGAGAGUGAUUCUGAGUCACCUGUAACUUUCAGUACUGAAGAGCCAUCAUUCUACCCCUGUACAAAGUGCAAUGUGAAUUUUAGGGAGAAAAAGCAUCUCCACAGGCACAUGAUGUAUCAUUUAGAUGGGAAUAGUCACUUUCGCCACCUUAAUGUCCCCAGGCCAUAUGCUUGUAGAGAGUGUGGACGGACAUUUCGAGAUCGUAACUCACUGCUGAAACAUAUGAUCAUUCACCAAGAAAGACGACAGAAGCUGAUGGAAGAAAUUCGUGAAUUGAAAGAGCUCCAAGAUGAAGGCAGAAGUGCUCGACUGCAGUGCCCUCAGUGUGUGUUUGGUACCAAUUGCCCUAAGACGUUUGUGCAACAUGCUAAAACCCACGAGAAAGACAAAAGAUACUACUGCUGUGAGGAGUGUAACUUUAUGGCAGUGACCGAGAGUGAGCUGGAGUGCCAUCGGGGCACCGCCCAUGGAGCUGCAGUCAAGUGUCCUGUCAUCAGUUCAGAAGUCACCCAGAGAAAAACCCAAAAAAAGACUUCGAUGAAAGACUCUGUUAUAGGAUCAUCCAAAAAACCAGCUACAUACCUAUGUAAGAUGUGUCCCUUCACUACUUCAGCCAGAAGUAUUCUGAAGAAGCACAUGGAGUAUUUGCAUUCCCCAUCGUGUGUUGAUUCCUUUGGUAAUCCUCUUGGACUUGACAAAAGAAAAAGUGACAGCCUUGAGGAGCCUGUAGAUGUCGAUAGCACCAAGGCGUUAGCUAAACAGCAGUCAAAUACGUUUCCAAAGAACUCUGCUUUAAAACAGGAUGCUAAACGAACAUUUGGAUCAAACGCACAGUCAAGUAAUUUUUCAAAGUUUCAUAAGCGGCCACAUAGAAUACAAAAAGCCCGGAAAAGUAUUGCCCAAUCUGGUGUAAAUGCAUGUAAUCGAAACAAGUCUCCUAACAAGAAUGUUAUGGUUAAAAGCAGCACUGACCAAAACCCAAAGUAUUUCCAUCAGGCCCCAAGAGAAAAACCUAAUGCCAAGGCAGACAGUUAUUUAUAUAGCCACAAGUAUGACAACUACCGGACGAUCGGAAAAUCAGACCCUCAUAACUCAGACUCCAAAAGGCCAGAAAACGAGAAAGACUACAAGCGUAUAGCUGUAAAAAGAGUAAUUAAGGCUUCAAAGAAGGAAAGCUCUGGUGGAGAAGACUUAGAUAGCUAUCCUGACUUUCUGCAUAAAAUGACUGUUGUUGUUUUGCAAAAGCUUCAUUCUGAUAAGAAAGAUAGUUACGAAACAGAAGAUGACAGUUCCUGGGAUAACGUUGAGCUAGGUGACUACACUACACAGGCCAUGGAAGAAGAAACCUACAGUGACCUUAGUCAAGAACAUGUAAACUUAUUGCCCUUAUUUAAAAGCAAGAUAGAAGGCCAGGGCCCUGGAGACAGUGCUGCCCUGAGUUACGAUCAGAAUGAUGGUUUCUAUUUUGAAUAUUAUGAAGACGGUGGCACUAACAGCUUCUUACAAGAUAUGCAUGAUCCUCAACAUUUGGAACAUGCAGAAACGCCUUUGUCAAAGCAUAGUUCUGUUUUUCAUUGGACUGAUUUGUCUCUUGAGAAGAAGUCAUGUCCUUAUUGCCCAGCAACAUUUGAAACUGGUGUUGGGCUGUCAAAUCACGUCCGAGGACAUCUUCACAGAGCAGGAUUAAGUUAUGAAGCUCGUCAUGUCGUAUCACCAGAACAAAUAGCCACAAGUGACAAGAUGCAGCAUUUCAAAAGAACUGGUACAGGCACACCUGUGAAACGAGUUAGAAAAGCUAUAGAGAAGUCUGAAACUACUUCCGAACAUACUUGUCAGCUCUGUGGUGGUUGGUUUGACACAAAGAUUGGGUUAUCAAAUCAUGUCAGAGGCCAUCUGAAAAGACUUGGCAAAACUAAAUGGGAUGCUCACAAAUCUCCAAUCUGUGUUCUGAACGAGAUGAUGCAAAACGAAGAGAAGUAUGAAAAGAUCCUGAGGGCGCUCAACAGUCGCCGCAUUAUCCCCAGACCGUUUGUAGCUCAGAAACUCUCCUCAGGCGAUGACUUCCUAUCUCACAAUGUCUUACCUCUUGAUGAAUACCACAAUGGCCUAAAGACAGAGGCUCUCUCAGUGUCUGCGUCAGAGGAAGAAGGGCUGAAUUUCUUAAGUGAGUGUGAUGAAACAAAACCUGAACUGCCCAGUGGGAAAAAGAGCCAGUCACUUACACUGAUAGAACUUCUUAAAAGUAGAAGGCUAGGUGAAGAAAGGAAUUCUGCCAUUUCUCCUCACAAGAUCCAUAACCAGACAGCAAGAAAGAGAUUUGUUCAGAAAUGUGUUCUUCCAUUAAAUGAAGACAGUCCGUUGAACUAUCAGCCACAAAAAAUGGACUUGACUAUGCACUCAGCCAUAGAUUGUAAGCAGAAGAAAUCAAGGUCAAGAUCUGGAAGCAAGAAGAAAAUGCUAACGUUACCUCAUGGUGCUGACGAGGUUUACAUUCUCCGAUGCAGGUUUUGCGGCCUCGUCUUUCGGGGACCAUUGUCUGUUCAGGAAGACUGGAUUAAGCACUUACAGCGUCACAUUGUAAACGCUAAUCUUCCACGGACUGGAGCUGGCAUGGUGGAAGUCACAUCACUACUUAAAAAGCCUGCCUCUAUCACAGAAACGUCGUUUUCUUUACUAAUGGCAGAAGCAGCAUCAUAGAACCAGGAAUCCUUUUCAAUAGCAAAUUUAAUUGGAUGUAAAGUUAAAAUUUCUGUCUUUUUAUUUUAAAGCCACAUGAAAGUAUCCAUUAUAAAUACUAAAGUAGGAACAGUGGGGACCUAGAGUGGCAUCAGAGCAAACAAUACUUCGGACAGACAGUAAGUGGUCAUAUAUUUUAUAUAGGUUGGAAAUGUGGUUUUAAGGUUUACUAGGUUUUGGUGGCUGAGUUUACUCAACUAAAGGUCAUACGUCUGAGAGCCAUUUGUAAAGUGUUGCACAUAAAUCCUUACAGACAGACUUGCUGAAAGAUAUGUUCUCUGCAGUGUUACCAGAAUCAAGGCUCUGGUUUUUCCCCACACUUACAUAGAAAAAUAAGAUAUUAUAUUUUGUUGGUAUGUAUCUAGUGUUUUGUAUAAUACCAGGAACUGCUAACUAAAUUUACUCAACUUAGGGCAUUAAAUAUCAUGUACUUCAUAGUUUGAGACUGGUCCCCCAAAUAGGGCAGAGUACUAUUCUAUCUAGAUGUGUAAGUGUUUUUUUAAAAUCAUAAUGGAACGGUUUUUUAUAUAUAUAUAUAUAUAAAAUAUAUAUACUAAAAAGUUGGAGGGAGAUUUGUUUAAACAAGUAUUUCUAAAAGAAAUAUUGUACAUAGUCCUGGAAAUUAUUUGUGGUAAGGAAAUAUUCUUUACUCCAGUUGCAUUUCUCAGACAAUGAAGUGGUGCGUCCAUGCUACCUCCUGCUUUGUCAACAAAGAUGCUUACCCUUUCCAUUUGUAUCAUAAUAGAUUUUUAAAAAUCUAAUGUUCUUUAUUGCAAGACAUACUUUUGUUAACAGAUUUGUUUCUUUGUAACAUUUUACGUACAGUUUGACAUGCUUAGAGGACAGGGUGGUCUCUUUAUUUAACAUUGUAGAAAUGUAAUUAAUAAACAAGGCUCACUACACAAUGUAGAAUAGGCUUUCUCAUUUAUAUUAUCUUCCAAAUUUGAUCAUUUAGCAAAACUAUUAAUACACAAAAUAUUUCUACAUAUGAUGAGAAUGUUUACAAUUUCCAUUUUAGAACUUGUUUUGGAUGUGAUUAAAUGUAUGAAAAUUGUGUAACACUAUGCUCAUGCUAAGAACCGACAUAACAGAAUUACUGAAAUAAACGUGCUGUGGGGAAUGGACAGUGCGGUGCAGGUGUCUUGGUCAUGAUAAACUGUGAUGAUUCUUUUAAACACUUUCCAAAAACAACUUAGUUCCUUUCAUCCAAAAUGAGCGUCAUUUACAAACAGUAGUUUGUAUGCAAGCACCAUUCCACAUCAGUUCAUGGAGUUGCUGAUAGAGUGGAACCAAGGAUAUGCAUUGAUACUCUUCAUCAUUUGUAAAUAAAGUUAAAAACAGUUCAACGAAGGAGUGUUUUGGUAGAGUGUAUACAUACCUCACUGCCAGUGAAAUUACUUUCCUAUGGUAUAUCUCCUUGUCAGAAAUCACUAAAUAAAAAGACUUCAAGAAUUACAGUG